AUGCAUUUUGACGUUACUGACGCAACAAUUUAUGUCACAUGACGUUAACGUCGCUUAGCGACGGCAGUAACAGAGCGGAGGAGAGGCAACCAUAUAGGCGCGGGUUUUUCUCACUAGGCGGCAUGGCCAAAAAUCGUCCGCCUGGUGCCAGAUUAAUAGAAGUUAAGCCUGUCGCAGAUGACGGGAAAAAACUUCCUCCACUCAAAAGUAAAAAUGAAAACGCCAUGGAAAAGUUAAACGUAGCAGAUCGUAACAAAUCGAAAUUGAUUAUCGUCAAACCGAAAGAAGUGUCAGAGCAUGAGAGCCAGCUUGCGGAAAUUGACAGUUCAUUCCAGGAGGUUGAGUUGACAUAUGCGCAGCAUGUUAAAGAUCAGCCGAUCGUUAAAGAGGAAAAAGUCCAAGAAGCUGAAGAAGGUGCAAAUGAAGAUGAAAAAGUAAAAGAACAAAGAAAUGAAAUAAAGAAGAAAAGGAAAAGAAUAAAAAAGAACUCAGUUUUACCGCUAGAUGUUACGUCAUUGGGUUACUUAGAAGGAAAUAGUGAAGAGCCCAAAUAUAUCGGAGAACCGGACAGCAGACUCGGCAAGAAGAAGAAAGCGACAAAGAAGGACAAGUCAAAAAAGAAUAAAAAGAAGAAAGAAAAGACGGAACAAGUUGUAAAGGCCGUUGAAACAACAAGGGGACCGGAGCAAGAAAUAGUUGCAGUCCCACCUCAGAAUGACAAACAAGCAGACGAUGAAAAGAAAACGAGAAAGCUUCCCUGUUGCUUCGGCUUCUUUUCGACUUGGCUCGCCAAAAGAAAGCAGAAAAGACGAGACAAGAAGAAGAAAGCCAUUGCCGACAGAUGUAGCCCGCCAAAACUUGUUCAAUAUGAGCACAAGAAGGCAAAAGGAGGCGAAGCUUUCAUCAUUGAGGUUGAUAGUAGACCGGUAAUACAGAAACCGCUCCUGCCACCUAUAAAACAGACUGCCGGACCGAUACGCCGAGGAAUAGAUUUGCGUCUUCGAACAGCCGAGGCAAGAAGAGAGGAUGAGUUAGCCAAGAGACGGGAAGCUGUAAGAAAGUAUGAAAGGAAAAAGAUCGAGUGUAAAGAAAGAAAGGCAGACGCUGACUACCACUUCCGGAAAAAGGCAGGCCUUACCAUAAGGUACAAGCAGGCCGACGCUGAAAGGAACCGCAAUAAUCUUAGCCGUUGCGCAACAAUUGCCAGACCUGCAUCUAUCCAGUCAUCAUCCAGCGAAUCUGUGAUCAUCGAAAAUGACCCAGACGCUUUCAAAGUCGACGAAAAUGAUCCAGAUGCUUGGAAAGUCGACGGUGUCGACUGUUUCACCUAUUAAAUUUUUAUGUCGACCGACUGCCCCCUGUAUAUGGUAGACCUUUACAAUGUGCUGGUCACGUGGGCAGGAAGUUAUAUAAUUUUGGAUCGAUAAAACGAAAAUUAUUUUUAAAAUAAAGAUCUUUUAUUACAUUUUUUUUAUAUUUAAACCAAUUGAAAAAAACAUUUUCAUAGUAAUUCACCUGUAGAUAUUUUGCCAAGAUUAAAUAUCAUGUUUUUCUAAAGUCUUCUAAAAUCGUUUUCGAUCUACCUGUGUUACCAUGAUUAUCAUGGUAAGGUAUGAUUAAAAAAAUCAACAAAAAUAUUAAAAAGAAAAAAAAACAUAUAAAAGAAUCAUAAAAAUACAAAAAAAAAAAAUCACUUCCAUCUUAGCAUGGAAAGGUAUGAUACACACAAAUUAAUGUAAUUUUCAUAAUGAAAUAAGGCCUGCUUCAAAAUGAUUUCUAACACAUUUUUAUUAUACACAUAUCACACUUGAAAUAAUAAACUGUGGGUAAACUUUUUUAUAACCAUUUUCGGCCACUAGGACAACUAAGAUUUUUUUAUAUCUAAUUAUGCAAUUUUAUACUGAUAUAUUGAAGACAUGUUAAAAUCAUACCUGUUAAAAAUGUAUUAGCAGAAUCUAUCACUUUUAUUUCGUACAUCACUCCUGUUCACGUGACUCAGUUCAAAAAUUCCAUGGCAUUUCUUUACGCCUUGGUCUACUGUUGUAGGGUGGUAGUCGGUCGUGUUUGGCAUUGUUUUUGAAAUCUGAAGAAAUUUUAUUCUGCAUAUAUAACACUGAGUGUAACUUUUUAUUUACCCCCAUCAAUAUAAAAACUUGUUAUAAAUAAAUUCAGAUGAAAGGUUAAUAAAAUAUUAUUUUACA